AUGAUUGGAAUUCCUGCGCAGGUCGGGACACCUCCGCAAAGUAUCUUGAUGCUUCCUUGGCCAGAGUUGAACAACACUUUCAUCUACGAUCAACAGGACUUUUGCGACCGCACCGUGAUCUUCAGUGACACUAUCUGCGAGGUACGGCGCGGACAUCUAUACCACGAAGACGACUCAACAUCCUUUACAAAGGCGAACUCGAUUGCAAAGGCUGGCGGCGCCACUCAGGAGCCUGGAGGGCCGGGAGCAGAGUUUGGCAUACCGGAACUGGAGACUACUAGUCUUGGUGGCACGGAAACUAUUACAUUCGACAACACGCCGCCGCUGAAGAAUUACCCUAUCGGUGUCCCGCGACGGAAUUCCACAUAUCUCAACAGUCUCGUUGCAUCUGGACAGAUCGCUUCCCGUGUCUGGUCUCUUUUCUGGGGGCGCAUGUGGCUCCCUCAAAACGGGAUUGACGGCUCAUUGGUCCUAGGUGGUUAUGAUCAGCAGAAGGUCCUUGGGAGAAACUUCACCGCUCCAUUGGACUACUCGGAGACGACAGGGUGUUGGACCGGGAUGAAGGUGCAGAUUGUCGAUAUCAAAGUUAACUACAGAAACGGGGAGGAGCAGACCAUCCUUCCGCUCAAUACGGCACUACCGGUCUGCAUUGUACCUCAACGACAGCUGCUGGCCGAGAUCCCGCUGUCAUAUGUCGACAAGUUCGAAGAAGUGACCAAAACUAACAGUUCGGGUCCAUCGUAUGGGAUACACUGGUCUGCAAGGCGAUUCGAUGCUGACAAGGCAUUCGACGGCGACUUGACCAUCGUUCUCUCUUCUGGUCUCUCUGUUCGCGUACCGAACAGCCAAUACCUCCCUCCAUUCGUUACACUCGAUCGCAAUGGAACCCGCAUUUUUGACAAUAACACUCGAGAGCUGCUUUUAAAUGGUGUUGGCAAACAGCCGGCCACGUUGGGGCGAUACUUCUUCACGUCUGCAUAUCUCAUGGUAAACCAUGAUGCAGGUACCUUCACGCUUUGGCAAGCCAAUCCAACCUCCCGCAGCAGCUUGGCAAAUGUCGUCAGCGAUGUCAGCACAGGGACUGGGUGUAGCAACGAGAGUGUUGUGGUUCAACCGAGCCCAAGCCGGUCCGCCUCUGGAGGAAAUGGAGCAGGUGAUACCGGGACGAAUGGGCAGAGAGGUCCGUCUGUCGGUGCUAUCGUUGGUGGAGUAGUUGCUGGCGUGUUGGCAUUGGCUGCGUCAUCCUUUGCAAUUUGGUUUCUGCUGCGGAAAAGGGCCAGAGCAAGAGCCUUAGGGUCAGAUGGCGGACCUCCUGUCCCGACGGGCUUGCAUAUUGAGGAGCAAUGCCCAAAGUAUUCCACGAAUGGGCCUCAUUGGUAUCAGCAAGUGACACAAUCGCAAGAGCUUGCAGGUUCGGAGCCUAGGGUUCACGAAAUUUCCCUUGACCAUCUCAUGAUGAAUUUCUAUCUGUCUCACUUCGUCUCGCUGAUCUGGCUCGCCCUUGUCUCUGGCGUUGCUGCCAAUUUCGAUGUGUACAUGGUCGAGCAAACCGUCAUCACAGACCAGGGAGUGUCAAACAUCAAGCUCUGGCAAGUAUUCGAGGCCGAGCCCAAGAACUGCAAUGAGGUCUUCAACACGCCACGGUGGGCCAACAGCCGCGACGUCAGUGGAACCAAGCAUGGCGUCCGCUGUGAGGGAAGCGGCUGCGACUACAAGCCUCCGGCGGGCAACAUCAAUGUCCUGGAGAUGAAUUUCCACGGGACGAAUCCAGUCUACCACUGGACUCUCUACAAGGACCGUGGCUGGACAAUGGUUGGGCUGGAUGGCAACACCUAUGGAAACUGCAUCGUGUUUCCCAACGGUGACUAUGACUGUCAUCAGGGCGCCUACUACUAUCUUAAUGGGUAUAGAAAGUUCCGCUGCUUGACCAAGUUCACGGCGAAUGAUAUCAACUAG